AUGAUUACCCUGCAACCAGUAAAACCUGUUAUAAAAGCUCCUUCAGUUCAUUUACCACUCGGUAUCUCUUUUUUUACUUUCCAUGGACUCUCCUAUAUCAUUGAUGUCUACCGAAAAGAAGUUCAAGUGGAAUGGAAUCCAGUAACACUAGGAUUGUAUUUUUCAUUUUUUCCUCAAUUAAUAGCUGGCCCUAUUGUGCGAUAUCACGAUGUUGCACAACAGCUCAUCGAAAAUCGGGAAUUCAAACGUAAAGAAUUUGCACAGGGUGUAGUAGGAUUCAUACUUGGUCUCUCAAAAAAGAUGCUUAUAGCAAAUACAGUUGGUGCUGUGGCAGAUACAAUCUUUACUUUGCCAUUUGAAAAGCUCGACGUGUCUCAUGCAUGGAUUGGCUUGGUGACUUAUACAUUACAAAUAUAUUUCGAUUUCUCAGGUUAUUCCGACAUGGCUAUUGGUCUUGCGCAUAUGUUUGGCAUUCGAUUUCUUGAAAAUUUCAACUAUCCCUACACGUCCCGAUCAAUUAAAGAAUUUUGGAGACGAUGGCAUAUUUCACUUUCAAAUUGGUUUCGCGAUUAUUUAUAUAUUUCACUUGGUGGUAAUCGCGUUUCAGAACGUCGAGUCUACUUAAACCUUUUGACGGUCUUUCUUCUUUGUGGUCUUUGGCAUGGUGCCAGUUGGAAUUUUAUUAUUUGGGACGCUGUACAAGCACGUGGAAGUCUUCAUUGGAUCUACGAUAAUUGA